AUGUUCUAAGCAAAUCAUGUAAUUUAUGAGUUAGAAGAUGAUGAGGAAAAUAUAUAGUAAACUUCAAAGCAGGUAUAUAAUUUUUAUGAAUUGGUUUAGUAAAUAAAGAUCAAUAGAAAAUUAGGAGCAGUUUCUUAUAAAAAAUGGGGAAAAUUAUAUAACUACUAUUUCUCUUUUAAUUUAAAAAAGGCACGAAUAUUGUGUUAUAAGAAAAAUACAUCUUCAUCUUAUAAUAAUUAUUAUUCUUUGAACAAAGGAGAUUUUGUGAAAGAUGAAUCAGAAAUUAAUCGAUUUGAAAGUAACUUGAAGAAAAAGAAAAAUUAUCAAUAUGUUUCAGAUUAGAAGGUAUUGAUUGAUAAGUUAAUUUAGUUAAUAAUUUACGUUAGAACAUCAAAAGGAAGAAUAUUUAAAUUGGUAAUUGAUGAAAAUGAAAAUUAUGAUAAGAUUGUCGGUUAUUUGUAAAUCUGUUUUUCAUCUAAAAUUUAAACUGUGAAUUCAUUUUUUGCUUUGCUUGGUGUAGGAUUAAUUAAGUUAGAUGAUUGUGAAUUUAAAUUAACUACUGGCAUAUUUGUAUCUUUAAAUGAUUGGUCAUAAAACAAUAAUAAUAAAUAUCUAUUAAUGAAUCAUGAUUAAGGCCUGAAUUUGUUAAUUAGUAAUAUUGAGUUAUUAGGUGGAAUAAUAGGUUCGUUUUACAAAACCUAAAAUCUUUUGGGAAUAAUCUUUAACCCAUUUAAUUAAACUAUUGAUAUAGUUUUGUUUGAUAAUUUGAAGUAAAUAAUAAACAGUAAUAUAUUUUUAGUCCAUAAAUAUUACUUUAAGGGGUUUUUAAAUUAGUCAAAUUUAAUAGAAAAUAAAUUUAACCAUCAGGUAGAGGAUAACUUUUGAAAUUAAAAACUGAUAUGAAUGAAAUUAAAGAAAAUCAUUAUGUGGAGAUAGCAUAAAACGAAAAUGUAAAGAUUUAUAUAAAUAAUGCUCAUCUCAACAUUUCAGAUUAUGAACUAGUAUAAGGAUCAAUGUUUUCUUCUUAAUAUAUAGAUGAUUAAAAUGAUUUGGAUGCUGAUAAAUUAAUAUCAAAUACAACUUUAGAAUUCUAUAAAAAUUAAUAUAAAAUAUCAAAAAAUAAUGAAGAUGAAACUAAAGAAUUUAUAAUUGUUAAUAAAUAACAAAAAAACAAUUUUAAUAAUUUUACAUCUCCUCGAUGCAAUAAAAGAUAACUUUCAAUUAUCACUGAAGAAAUUAAUGAUGAAAAUUAUGGAUAAGGUGUCUAAGUAGCAAAAAGCAUAAAAAUUCAUAUACAUAGAUCAGAUCAAAAUAUAAAUUAAUUUCCUAAUAUAACACCUCCUAAAUUAGAAUUUAUAACAGAAUUUAAAACUGGAUGUUUUAAUAAUAUUGAAAGUAUUGAUUAAGUGAAACAAAAUUUAUUUUAAUAAGAAGAAAAAUAAUUAAAUAACAAGGAAUAAUAAAAAGUAGGAUAAUAAUUAAAUAAAGAGAUUGAAUAAUAAAAGUGUUAAGUGUAAGAAUAAGAAUAAGAAUAAGAAUAAGAUAAUGAUUCAGAUGAAAUUGAUUUAGUUAAAUUUUCAAUAGUUUUUGAAGCAUCUGAACAUAGUCCAUACAGAGAUUAUAAUUCUAUAAUGAAUUAUGCAGUUAAUUUUAAGAAAAUUGAUUAUAAAGAUGAAUAUAGAGUUAGCAUUGCUCAUAAAAGUGGAGGAACAGCUUGUUAAGAUAAAAAGAUUAUUGAAUUAGCAAGAAGUGUUGGAAAAAAUAUGAUUAAAUAAGUUGGAUAGAAAUUAUUAAGUGGCAAUUUCAAUCUUACAUAGGUCUCAUUUCCUGUAAUAAAUAAUAUUAUUUAUUAAUAGAUUAGAGCCAUGAUACCCAAAUCUGCCUUAGAAAAAACCUUUAUGUAAACUAUUCUCUUUCCUUUAUACAUGAAUAAGGCAGCAUCCAUUUAGGACCCACUUGAAAGAAUAAAACUCUCAAUUAUUGGAUUACUUUCUAAUUAUAUUUAAGCUAACUCUUUCCUAAAACCUCUAAAUCCAAUAUUAGGAGAAACUUUUGAGGGAGGAUAUGAAGAUGGCACAUAGUUAUUUUGUGAAUAAGUAUCAAUUUUUAUUAAAAUUAGAUAUCUCAUCAUCCUCCUCUCUCUUAUUUCUUAGUUUUUGGACCAAAAAAAUCAUAUAAAUUUUAUGGAUAUUCCCUUUAUGAAGCUAAGGCAGGAUUCAACUCUCUUACAAUAUUGAAUCAUGGUAAAAGAACUCUAUAAUUUAAUGAUUAAAAACUUCAAUGUACCUUUUCAUCAGAACAUUACUCUGGUACUUUCUUAGGAACAAUGAAAAAUGAAUCAUAAGGUUCUCUCUAAUUUAUAGAUGAAGCUAAUAGUAUAAUAUAAUUAUUUAUUAUUUAGAUUUAAAAUGUGUAGUAUAAUUAGGAAAAGUUAAAAAUAAACCAACUGAUUAUUUUGAAGGAGAAAUUAAAAGAGGAAAAACUACUUUAAGUAAAUUGUUUGGUUCUUAUAUGGGAUUUGCUGAUUUUGAUGGUGUUCGAUAUUGGGAUGCUAGAGUUGUUAAACCCUUUGCUAUGCAAAUUUUAAAAUCUAAUCUUGAAUCAGAUCACACUAAAAGAACAGAUAGAAUAUAUAUGGUGUAAGGAGAUAUGGAUAAAGCUUAAUCUGAAAAGGAACGAUUAGAAUAACUUUAAAGAAAAGAUGCAGCUCUUAGAAAAGCCUAAAGAUAAAAUGAUUGA